AUGGAGCAGAUUCUAGCCACAUCUGAGAAAAAAGUGCUGGUAAAUCUGGUGAAACUAGUUCAGCAGCGACGCUUGGAAGGCGAAAACGGAGGAUGGAAAGAAUUUCUAAAUGUUUACGACAAACAAGCAGGAUCGAGCUUGAGUGAUCCUUCGAGACGGUCCAAAGAUGUCUUGGUCGCUUUCCUUACAACACUAAACAAGAAAGAAGAUUUGCAGCUAUUGGCUAGGGUUCUGAGACCCAAUCCUUAUCUGGCUGAGGAAUCUCCAGAUGAAACUGCAGAGCAGAGGCUAGUUCGAAUGACUGUUGCACAUGAGAAGUACCCGUUAGAGUAUUUGUUCCCAUCUGAUGCUGAGGAUUGGCUCGUAACGAGGAUUGGAAAGAAUAAAUCGAAAGCCAAGAAAUCGAGCAAAAUCGAAAUGGUUGCGAUUGAUUGUGAGAUGGUUGAAUGUGAAGAUGGGAGUGAAGCUGUUGUUAGGGUUGCUGCAGUUGACCGUGAUUUAAAGGUGCUUCUUGACGAAUUUGUGAAACCGGAUCAACCAGUUGUUAAUUAUAGGACUGAUAUUACUGGACUUACUGCUGAGGAUCUUGAAAAUGCUAAUACUCUAUCUUUGGUAGAUAUACAGGAAAAAUUGCAGAUGUUUCUUUCUGAGGAUACUAUUUUGGUAGGUCAAAGUUUGAACAAUGAUCUGAAAGUAUUGAAGGUAGAUCAUGCAAGAAUAAUAGAUACUUCAUUGGUGUUUAAGUUUUUGUAUCCCGGUACAAGAAAGCCUCGAAAACUUGUUAGACCUUCUUUGAAUUAUCUGUGCAAGUCUAUAUUGGGAUAUGCGGUGCAGAAAGACGGUGUUCCCCACAAUUGUGUUCAUGACGCAGCAGCCGCUAUGAAACUUGUACUUGCUAUAAUAGAGAAAGAAGUAGAAACCUCCAUUCCAGUAACUAAAGAGAUGUUGGAAGUUGAGAAGUCAAAACUCUACCUUCAUAAAAUCCCUCAUAAUGUUCCAUCUGAAGAGUUGAUUGAAGCUAUUUCCACGGAUUUCACACCCAAAAUUAAGCCAUUGAAAAGACAAGGAAGCUGCUACUACAAUGCGAUUGUUGUUUUUAGUAGUCCAGCAGAAGCAAAUCAAGCUUUUGAAAACAUUGCUGGAGACAUGGGAAAGGAUUCAGGGGGUUUGUCACAAAAGCAGGUUUUUCUAAAGCCAUGUUCAGAUUCAGGACCAAGAUUAUACUUUCACGUGCGUAAAAUGAUUGAAGAUGAUUCUGUUGAGGAAAUCUCUACAACAAAGAGAAGUCUCCCCGAGGAGAAGAAGAUGAGUUGUAAGAAACAGAAGAGAGAAGAUGAUUCUGAGGAGACCAGAGAAGCUAAUGUCAGCGAAGAAAAGACAGAGAAGAAACGAGGGAAGCUACGUGAAGGUGAUCUAAUAAAGGAAAUUGAAGAACUGAAGCAGGAACUCGAAGCAAAGGAUCAGAUAAUAGAUUACCUCAAAAAGCAAAUAAAGAAGAAGAAGAAUAAGCAGUCACGGUAA